UUAAGGGUUUGAGCAAAACUCUGGCAGAUGGAGCUUCAUUCUCUUUAUCCCCUGGCUUUCUGCAAAAGCUCUCAUUUAGGACCCUGUGGAAAUGCCGCUGGGUGAGUCCAACUUCCCCCAGGAGUAAUGGCCAAUCACUGAGCGCUGAGGAGGAGAACAGCCUUGAGUUCAGAAGCCCUGGGUAGCUGGUUGAAAAUAUUGAAUCAGAAAAAGGAGUGUUUGCAGCAAUGCUCAUUGUGGAAAAUCCAAGGCUCGGGAGAUCCAGCCGAUUCAAUGUUUAGACCAGGAUGUAUUUCUGCGGCAAGAGGUUAUUGGACUGACAAAAAGGGGAACAGUGAUAGCCUCAGAAUGCCACAUUCUGCAAAACUGAUUCUGCUGAUCUUUUGCUUGGUCCUCCUUGCGGAGAGCAAGAAACACAGGAGGAGGAGAUGGACAGGACAAGUCGAGGUGCAGAAAGCAAGUAAUAUAUAUAAAAAGAACCAUGACAUGACCAAAUCUCGAACUGGGAAAAGUGAGCAGCUUCUGAGGGUAGAUGACCAUGAUUUUACCAUGAGACCUGCCUUUGGAGGUCCUGCUAUUCCAGUUGGGGUGGAUGUGCAGGUUGAAAGCUUGGAUAGUAUUUCGGAGGUUGAUAUGGAUUUUACAAUGACACUGUAUCUGAGGCAUUACUGGAAGGAUGAGCGCCUUUCCUUUCCCAGUCACAUGAACAAGAGCAUGACUUUUGAUGGGAGGUUGGUGAAGAAGAUUUGGGUGCCAGAUGUAUUUUUUGUUCACUCGAAACGAUCGUUUAUUCAUGACACGACCACUGACAACAUCAUGUUGCGGGUGUUUCCAGAUGGCCAUGUGCUUUACAGCAUGAGAAUCACAGUGACAGCAAUGUGCAACAUGGACUUCAGCCGAUUCCCAUUAGAUACACAGACCUGUACUCUGGAGCUGGAGAGCUAUGCUUACACAGAUGAAGAUUUAAUGCUCUACUGGAAAAAUGGGAACGAAUCUCUGAAAACAGAUGAGAAGAUUUCCUUGUCUCAGUUCUUGAUACAAAAAUUCCAUACAACUUCCAGACUCGCUUUCUAUAGCAGCACUGGUUGGUACAAUCGCCUAUAUAUUAACUUUACUUUACGUCGUCACAUCUUCUUCUUCUUGCUCCAAACUUAUUUCCCUGCCACACUGAUGGUGAUGUUGUCUUGGGUGUCCUUCUGGAUAGACCGCAGAGCCGUCCCUGCAAGAGUUUCAUUAGGGAUCACAACGGUGCUGACCAUGUCCACCAUCAUCACAGGCGUCAAUGCCUCCAUGCCUCGGGUUUCUUACAUCAAAGCUGUGGACAUUUACCUCUGGGUCAGUUUUGUGUUUGUCUUCCUCUCCGUCAUUGAAUAUGCCGCUGUGAACUACUUGACCACUGUGCAGGAGCGGAAGCAGCGGAAAUUGCGAGAUAAGUUCUCCUGUACAUGUGGCAUACCUUCUACAAAAACCAUGCUGUUGGAAGGUAUAUACGGUGAGUCAGAAACCAACAGCCUAGAAGAAUAUGCAAGAGGCCAGAUCGUGACCGAAGAAGACAAGCAAGACAAGAUGGAGGCCCAUUUAGCCAUGAACAACGAGUCUCAUUCAUCAAGAAAGAAGGGGCUGAAGGGUCACGUUAGCCUGCGCAUCAUGCAGAACACGCAUGCCAUUGACAAAUACUCCAGAUUAAUAUUCCCAGGCACCUAUAUAUUUUUUAACCUAAUUUACUGGUCUGUCUUUUGCUGAAGAAGUCUUCAACACAGAAGAUAUUAGAGGAUCGUACUGUGCAUUUUGCUACUAUUUCAAAUCUAAGAUAGAGCACUAUUUUCCUGGUGCAAAUUUAGGGCAUAGUUUCCUAACAGCCACUACACAAAACUAUUGGAAGACCAUUCACCUGUGCCAGUCAAUGUCUGUUUCUUUUCCCAUCACUUUCUUAUCUUAUGGAAGUCUUUUCUUUCAUACUUGAAAACAAGUUGAAUUUUAGUAUCAGACAAUGCAUGCUGCUCUGGUCAUAGGCCCCAGUAUUGAUAAAUUCACGUUUAUGUGUCAAGCAGAGUCUACUGUGUAAACUCUGCAGGGAAGGUAGUAUGUUGAAAUCAGGAGAAGGUGCUAUAUUUUAUGAAGGAAUGACCAGAUUUGGAAUAUAUUGUAUGGAGUACGUCACACAUCCCUUGUGGGGUUUGUUUUGUAGGAAGCAAUCAUCAUAGGAAAACUACAAAAGUUGAUCUGCCUGACUACUACUAAAGAUGAUAAGAAGAGUCCUGAAAAACUUGGCCCCAUCUACACUGCCAUAUAAUCCAAUUUCAGAAUGCAGAUUAACUGCAUCAAACUGGAUUAUAUAUCAGUGUGGCUUCAUAUAAUCCAAAGAAGAUAAUCUGGAUUCAGAAAAUGGAUUAUAUGGCAGUGUAGUUCCAGCCUCGGGGUGUUUUUUGAGGGAAAGAAAGAAAACACCUUUCUCAAUUUUGUGGUUAAAGAGAGCUCAGUCAGUAACAAACAGUGGAACAUUUCUGACCAAAGAUCGGAAAGUAGAGCUAUUUAAUCCAUUGAGUCCCUUUCACACCACAUUGAUACAGCAGUCAAAUGUAACUGCCAUGUUUUUAGCCCAUGGAAGCCUGGAAUUUGUUAUUUUCUGUGUUAUUUGGAAUUUUGUUCUAAAAUUGUGCCUAAAAAUCCCUGGGAUGGAGCAAAGGCAAUUAAAGUGGCUCUUUCUUCCAUAUGGCAUCCUUUCAGAUACUUCAGCAUGGCUCUCACGUCCUCUCUUAACCAUUUCCUCUCCAAGCUAAACAGAUCCAGCUCUUUAAGCCAUUCCUCAUAGGGCUUGGCUUCCAACCUCUGAUCAUUUUGGUCACCCUUCUCCGGACAUGUUACGGCUUCUCAUUAUCCUUCUUGAUUUGUGGUGUAGUUUAUUCCAAGUGAGGUCCAUCCAAAGCAGAAUAGAGUGGAAUUAUAACUUCCCUCCUUUUAGAUUAGGCAUGGACAAACUUCAGCCCUCGAGGUGUUUUGGACUUCAACUCCCACCAUUCCAGAAUGGUGGGAGUUGAAGUCCAAAAGUUGUGGAGGGCUGAAGUUUGCCCAUACCCAAUUUAGACACUAUAUUCCUUUUGAUGCAGUCUAGAAUCAAACUGACUUUUUACUUGCCACAUAAUACUAUUCAUUAGACACUUUUAAAAAUUAAAAAGGACCCACAUUAAACCAAAUUGUGCAACCUUAAAUAUAACACUUGUUGAGCAGAACAUCAAAAGAUUAGAUUUCUGUUUAAAGGCGGUUUCCCAAAAGAACAAAAGAGUCAAGGAAGAAUGAGAAACAAAAUACAAAAGUCUGCAAUUGGGUUGGGCCAAGGGGAAUCAUGUAGAUCUCAGGAAGGGGAAAAGUAUUAAGUACAGUAUGUACAGAAGAAACCCAUCACUAGAGUGGUGUAUUUGAUUUUUUUUAUGAGCCCUUUAAAAAGUUUCCUAAACUAGCAGUGUGUCUUUGGGGUUAUCACAGGCACCUAUCUUUUUCGUGUGUUAUAUCAGAAGAUCCUCCUUACUUAUUCCUAUCUUGCAAACUUUACUUUUGCUUGCUGCAGUGCUCGUAGGAUUCUGGUGGUAGCAAUCCAAAGGAAUAAUGUUUCCAACUUCUAGCUAUAGAAGUGAUUUAUCCCAAGAGUUACAAUGAAAUUCUCUAUGAUUGUUAACUCUUUCACUAAUAUCAAGUGACAAAUAUUAGGAAGAAUUUCCUGAUUGUAAGAACUCUUCAACAGUGAAACUCUCUGCCUCUGAGUGUGGUGGAAGCUCCUUCUUUGGAGGCUUCUAAGCAGAGGCUGGAUGGCUAUCUGUCAGGGUACUUUGAUAGUGCUUUGCCUGCAUGGCAGAGGGUUGGACUAGAUGGCCCAUGUGGUCUCUACCAACUCUAUGAUUCUAUGAUUUUAAGAUUUUGAAUUUUUUUUAAGAUAGCACCACAGUAUUCCAAGAACACAUUUUUUCUUUCUUCUCCCACUCCAAAUCUCUGUAAAUUGGAGGGAGAUAAUUAGUAAUCAGUAUUUAAAGUCAUCUUGACUUUCCUGUACUCAGGAACAAAUUGAGGGUUAAACAUUUUAAGUAUUUACUAGUAGACCAGAUAUUGUCAUUUUUGAGCUAUGGCUGGCCUUUUGGAUUAUUUCUUCCAAUAAUAAUUUAUGAAAAAUGUAAAAUGUAAAAUGUGAAAGUCUAAAAUUAUGAGGCAGAGGUCCUUUUUUCUUCAUUAUUUAUUUAACCAGAAGAUGGAGGGCAAUAGGAAAAUUAGUCUGAAAUUUAGAAGAACUAAGUAUGGUGCCUUAAACUCUACAGACAUGCUGUGAGAAAUCUUGGUGAAUGUUUUUUCUCUUUGUCAGGUGCAUGAAGUGUCAUCUUAAGAGGCACACAUGCACACACAAUGGGUAUUCAUAUAAGGAGUAUACAACCUAUUGUUGUUCCCGAGUGUGGGCUAUGGGCUUUGAUCAUUUUAUUUCUAUAGCGUAGAAAAAGAAAUACCCUACAUCAGUGGUGCCAAACUUAUGGCACACAUACCACAAGGGGAACACAGUGCCCUCACUCCUGGCAUGUGAGCCAUUGCCUGCUGCUUGCUCGCUCGCUCACUUGCUCUCCUUCUCAUCCGUCCCCCCCUCACUUGUUGGUCCCCUGCUCGCCCACCCAUUACCCCCGCUCACCACCCCUGCUUGCUCCGCAAAUAUCCUUUUUUGCAUAUACUGUAUAUGGUAUUGUGUAAAUAGGUGUACUUAUACACACAUAAGUCCAUUUCUAUAUAAAAGUUAUUUAAUAAUCUGCUUUCAUCAUUCUCCUUCAACUAAGAGAACAGGAUGGGCGGUGGUGUGUUACCAUGGCUUUCAGGAUGUCACUGAACCUCUCUGUGCCUUAGUUUUUCCAUCUGUAAAAUGGUGAUCAAUCAACCUACCUCUCUGGGAUAUUGCAAGAUUUAUUUGACUACAGAAUGUUUGGAUUUUUUUCCAGAUUCUUGGGUGCGAGGCCCUGUGUAAAUAAAGGCAGUUUAAAAAAAAUAAAAAGUAAUGACUACAUUGUUGUAUGAACUCAGCAGACCAUUGCUCCAUAACUCAAUAUGAAUGGCAAAAUCCUAUUGGAGAAACUAGAUUAAUGCAUAUGCAGGAGUCAUUCAGGAAUGACAGAGAUAAUGUAACUAUAGUGACACUGAACAGUGUCCAUGGGCUUUCUCCAGAGUUAAAUUUUGUUCAUGGUGAUUAUGAUAGAAUGCUGUUGUAAUAGGACAGUAUCUCCUGCUGUGUAAAUAAACAUCUUGGCUUCAAAUUGCUAUGUAUAUAUGCUGAAUCUAUUGCAUAAAUUGUUUAGUGGCAGAAGACAUAGCAUUCAGUCACAACAUUUCAUAGAGCCGUAGUUAGAAGAGACCAUGAGGGCCAUCCAGUCCACGGUGCCAUGGACACAAUUUCCCAAUCAAAUGCAACCCAAUGAAUUCUGUUUUGAAGAACUUAGCCCCUAGUUAAAUAUUAUGCAUGUGUGGUUGUACAGAAUAAACCAUUUCGAAAGGAUAUCUAACAACUGGAAUGAUGCAUUGUGACUAGGUGUCGGAGGGGUAACGCUCAGGAGGUGUUUUUAGUUAUUUAAGUAAUUCUCUUGAACUCAGUUACACACUAGUCGGAGAAUAUAUUUGCACUCUUUGAUUCUAUUAUUGGCUCAAUAAGAGAUCCAAAUAAAAAUAAAAUUGAUCACAA